AUGGAACCGAGGAGUUUCCCGCCAGAUGUGUUUGCGCGGCUGGCACCGGAGAUCUAUUUCGAGCGAUUCCUGGAGCAAGGCUCCCGGCCCACGGGCCGCAAGUUCACAGAGUUCCGCCCGCUCCUAGUCCAGCAGGGCCGCCAAAGCGAACUGGCCCCUUCUGCAUUGGGAUCUGCCGUGGUGAGAGCAGGGCAGGCCACAGUCAUUUGUGGAAUAUCCGGCGGGCUGACCGACUUUGAAAACGAGGGCGGUGUCUAUGCUAAUGUAGAGAUCCACAGAGGUGGCCGCAGUGGUGCCCCAACUGCCGAGGAGAUGGUGUUGACCCGAAGAACGCACGAGCUGAUUUUGGCCGCCCAAAUUGACCCAUCUAAUUUCAAGAUCGAUAUUCCAGACUCGAUUGAGCCCUGCAGGAAGGAGCUCGUGCUCAAUGCUAGUAUCAGAGUGCUCAGCCGGACUGGGCCCUGUUUAGAUCUCGUUUGGGCUGCGCUGGUCGCCGCUCUCAACGACACUCGUAUCCCGCUGUUCGCUGAAGAUGAACGCACCCACAACAUCAUCCCAACUUGUGAGCGCAAGCCGCUUGUCUUGCCUGAGACGUUGGUGUCCUCUGUAUCGACGUUUGGCCUCUUGAAAUCUGGCGAGGUCUUGGCUGAUCCCGACGGACCUACUGAAGAAGCUUGCAUCUCCAACUACGUCAACGUUGCCAAAACCGACAAUGGGCUGCUCACAAAAUUUAGCCUGCUGUGUACAGACACGACGGACGGGGUUGAUGCUGAAAAAAUUGGAGAGAUUUUAUCGUUGGCAGGCCGGCCAGUGUCUACAGUCUAA